UCGAGAAAGAUAGCCUAGAGUCCAGGCUCAGCCUGGAGCUGGGAGGGCCCUCCGAGGUCCCUCUGCCCACCCUCUCAGAGUGCCCCCACGCUGACUGUGCGAAACGAGCUCGAGGUUAAGGGAGGAGUGGGUGUUGGCUGGACAGGGAGCCUAUUUGUUUUGAUUUAGGAUUGUCCUUAGUCUGCGUUGGUAGGACCAAGUCAGGACCUUGUCGGACUUCAAAGGCCCUCCAGUGAUGAUGUAUUUUAAUACUGGGGUUUUAGGAGAGGUUUGGAGCUUGGUUACUGGGAUAUGGUCUGGUGGUGCUGGUUACUGCGUAAGAUGGGAAUCUUUGUGCCUGCAAGUAUUGCUGACUUACGUGUAGCGUGUGGGUCACUGGCAGUCAUUGAAGUUCUUGGAUCGCUGUGAGGUGGAGAAGCAGUGGAACUUUUUAGUCUAGUGGUAGUAUUACCAGUUCAGCAGCAGUGAUGAGAUGUUUGUGUGACAGGAGUUUCUUUCCCUGGAGUAGGUAGACUCUUAUCGCUUGAGCUUUGGUCCUGAUAAUUUACUUCACGUUCCUUAGAAGGGUUACUUGAGAGAGGGAGGGCAGUCAGUGUUACUGAGCGCUUGCAGAGGCAGCUCUUUUUCUGUUGGUUAGGAUUGGUGAUGGCUUUAUUUGAGGCGUUGCUGUCACCUUUGGCAGAAUCACUGUUUGGGCAUUCGUCUUAGCUCCCAGUGAAACUUCCAAAACUGUGUUAUCAACUCCUCUGUUGAGUUACUAGGAUUAGUGUCAUGUGUAGAGAGAGGGAUAUGUUUGUAUUCUGUGCUGCUCGUGUUUAGUGUUUGCACUUACUAGACAUAAUUACCAUUUGUCUCUGAUAGGUUGGUGAAAAGGAAAUGAAAUCAUGUAUAUACACUGUGGAUGAGAGCAUACUAGUGCAGUGUGGAAAUUAAAUAUUUUUUCCUUUACCUAUCAGAAGAGAAUAUGUGCACUGUGGACAACUGGGCUGAAUUAGGAAGUUAGGAAAUUGGGAUAAGUCUUUUCUUAAGAAACGCUGCUUCUGCAUUGACAAGAUUUUAUGAUGGAGGAGAUACUUGAAGAUUAUUAGCUUAUAGCAUCCUAUGGUAUUGUUCAAAUAUAGAAUCAGUGGUUGGGGGGAACAAGCUAUUGCAGUGGGACUGAAUAAGUUAAUUAAUAGAUAUAUGGACUGAACUUAUGCUCUUGGUCUUCGCACCCAGUACUUUCACUUACUCAUGUAGUUAUAUCACUCCCUGUUUUAUGUAGAAGUCAUAUAUACUCCCUUAUCUCCUGUAUUCUGACUCCCAACAUUUAAUGUAAAAUAUUUGUCUUCUCAUUGAUAGUGAGGAAUUGAAAUUGUACAGGGGAAAAAUGGUGGUGAUUAUAUCCUAUAAGAUCUAAUUCAGAUAUAUGAAAGGAAUUGCAAGGUUACUAGUGUCACCUUUUCCCCCAGUCUGUUCCACAUAAUGACCAGUUAACGUCGAGCCUCAGAUAUUUUCAUUUUAAAUCUCCAUAGAGAAUGUCACUGUAAGCAAUGUCAAAUGUAAAUUUGUUACUGAGUAUUUGCUGAAAAGCAUAAUGAUAGUUAUUAAUCAUUUGAUUUAGCUACAUGUCUUUGGAUCUUGAUCCCUUUGUCAUAUUGAUUAUUUCCCAGACCGCCCUAGAGCCUUUAUAGUAGAAUUAUCAAUAGAAAAAGACCAAAAAGUAUGUACCUAUAAUCUGGUAUUCUUUUCACACUAUUGAAAAAAGAUUUUCAAUACUUCAUGUAAACAAUUAGAGAAAUGUGAUGGAGAGAUUUUUAGUCCUUGAUGUUUCCAUCAUGAGAGGACAGAUCAUCUGUGACUGAAUGCCCCCCGCUUUUUUUUUAACUGUUGUUCUUGUGAGUUAUGCAUCUCCUGCACAGUAUGAUUCAGCAGUGCUGUUUUGCACAAGUUUCUGAUGAAGAACAAUCAGUAGUGUACGUUCCAGGCAUUUCUACUGAAGGAAAUGUCAGAUCAAGACACAAGCUGACAAGUCCAAAAGCUGAUGUUAAACUUAAGACUUCCAAGGCGACUGAUGCUUCAAUCUCUGUGGAGUCCUUAAAAGGCACAGGAGAUUCAGUAGAUGAACAGAAUUCCUGCAGGGGAGAAAUAAAGAGUGCAUCACUGAAGGAUUUAUGUCUUGAAGACAAAAGACGCAUUGCAAACUUAAUUAAAGAAUUGGCCAGAGUAAGUGAGGAAAAGGAAGUGACGGAGGAAAGACUGAAAGCUGAGCAGGAGUCAUUUGAGAAGAAGAUCAGGCAGUUGGAAGAACAGAAUGAACUGAUCAUCAAAGAAAGGGAAGAUAUCCUUUUGAAACUACAGUAUAGAGAAUGCCAAGAACUUCUAAGCCUGUAUCAGAAAUAUUUGUCAGAACAACAAGAGAAGCUCACCAUGUCUCUCUCAGAACUUGGUGCUGCUAGAAUGCAGGAACAGCAGGUAUCCAGUAGAAAAAGCACUCUCCAGUGUUCAUCUGUGGAACUGGAUGGUUCCUACUUGAGUGUAGCCAGACCGCAGACCUACUAUCAAACCAAGCAAAGACCUAAGUCUGCAAUCCAGGAUUCAGCUUCAGAAUCCCUUAUAACAUUUAGGAAUAAUUCUUUGAAACCAGUAACCCUUCAUCAUCCCAAAGAUGAUCUAGGUAAGAUACCAUCAGAGACCACAACAUGUAAUUAUGAAUCUCCAGGGAGAAAACCAGUAGAUGCAGUCCCAACAGAGAAAAUGCCACAAGAAGAAUUGCACAUGAAGGAAUGUCUACACCUUAAGCCUACUCCUACUCAAUGCUGUGGUCAUAGACUUGCUGCAGAUCAUGUUCAUGAGAGCCAUUCUACAAACACAGCCCCUCAACAUCCUAAGACACAUCCAGAAUCAUGCAGUUAUUGUGGGCUUUCUUGGGCGUCUCUGUUGCAUGGUGGAGGGGCGCUGCAACCAAAUGAAACUUUGAAAAAGCAGAUCUCAGAAGAUAGAAAGCAGCAACUGAUGCUUCAGAAAAUGGAGCUGGAAAUUGAAAAGGAACGCCUUCAGCAUCUGCUGGCCCAGCAGGAGACAAAGCUUCUUCUAAAACAGCAACAGCUUCACCAGUCUCGACUGGAUUACAAUUGGUUAAGAGCUCAGGCUCUGUUUAAGUCGAGAGAAGUGGUUGCUGAAAAAGAGCUUACUAAACCCCAAGAACUCAAACUGGAUAUGAAUGGCAGUGACUCUGGACCAAGUUUCUUAAAGUCAAACUGUGAUGGCUGGCUGCUUGGAACAUCAUCAUCCGUUAAAAAGUACCAAGAAACCCCAAACAGUGGAGAGAAUAGGAAGGAGAAGAAGACAGUUGGGUUUCAUUCGCAUAUGAAAGAUGAUGCCCAGUGGUCAUGUCAAAAGAAAGAUACGUAUAGACCCCAAAGAGGUACAGUGACAGGAGUUAGAAAAGAUGCGUCCACAUCUCCUAUGCCAACAGGAAGCCUAAAGGAUUUUGUCACCACAGCCUCACCAUCAUUACAGCGCACCACCUCCCGGUAUGAGACAUCUUUGUUGGAUUUGGUUCAGUCUCUGAGCCCAAACUCUGCUCCCAAAUCUCAGCGCUGUCCCUCCAGAGAAGCUGGGACCUGGAAUCAUGGUACUUUCCGACUCAGUCUUCCAAAAUCGACCUGGAAGAAGAUGGGGAUGCACAGAACCCCUGAAGAGCUGGAGGAGAAUCAGAUUCUGGAAGAUAUAUUUUUCAUUUGACAUAUUGCAGAAUUUUCUUAGGAAAUUUGUGGGUUUCCCCACAUACCAAUCUAGCAUUUUAAAUUAUUUCAUUGCAAAGUAAUUGUGUCUCUCUUUUCACAGGGACCUAUCUCACUAGCAUCCUGUUAUGUAUUGAAUAUAGAAAUCAUUCUAAAAUCCCAGGGUGUUUUCAAUCAGACCAGGCAAUCGAUAACACACUAAGGGGGUAGGAAUGGAAGAUGGUAUCUUUUUUAUGCUAAACAGAUUAGAAAAUUAACAUAGGAUACUUUCUGUGUGGUGGAAACCAUUGCAUAUUCAGCCUCAUUUCAAGAGUGUCUCCUUCUCAUACUUCUGCUAGAAAAGGCUGACUCACUUUUAUGUACAAGAAAAACCUCUCCAUUGAAAGAUCCCUCUAAAAGUAACCCCUUUGAAACAUAAGCAGUUUCAGAAAGGCAAACCCUCACAUCUUUCUCAUCCUGUUCUGUCACUACUACAUCUCUAUAAGUGGUCCUUUAAUUCUGAAGUUGGAGUUGGUGCCCCUGCCAUCACAAACAACACUGACAGCCAAUUGUGAGUCAGUCUCAGUAGCCAUCAGCCUGGCAGCUGCCCAUCCCAUAACCAAAGAGCUCAAUGGGCUAGAGGGUGAGACCCAGCCAAUCCUUGGGAGCAAGCAGUACUAAAUCAUGUCAGGGAGUGAUUAGCCCUGGGGAAAUUCAAUGGAGGCACAAGCCUGAAGCACUCUUCUACCAGUGUUCAGAUGACCACCCCUCCAAUAUUCCAGAAUGAAUAAGAACAAUCAGUCUCUAGGUAUUUUUGUUGACUCAAGUGUUCAGCUUAUUCACCCUACCUCCCACCCCCCAUCACACGUGCUCCUGUGAACUUCCCAUGGUUGUGUCUAGGGAAAAUGCCACUAGAGAGAGAGUGACACCAGCUGCUGCAAGCUGAUGGGCUUCCUCUGGCCCUCCCUUUUCCUCCAUGAGGAUUGAAGGAUACAAGCUGACCAGGCCCCACAAGUGCUCUGCUCAUGGCCCCAAAGAACCAUCUCAACUUGCCAGAGUAUGUUCCACCACUGGGCCUCAUUUUGACCCAGAGAAAGCCUAUGGAAGUUAUGCAGUGCAGACCUCAUCCUAUCUGCUGUCUUUUCUCCCACAGAGCUCUUGAGAUGGGUCCUUCAGCUUGCAGUGGUCCCUAGUAGCCUCUCAAGCUAAUGGGGAUGAUGAGCCUGGUUUAGCCAGAGUUCAAAACGCUCCAGUCAUUGAAAGCAAGGGGAGAGUGUGUUCCCAGAUGUGUAUUACUUGGGAAUUUUAUUUGAUCUGGAGGGUGUGACUUUUUUUCUCUCCUUUUUACCAACCCCAACUUAAACUGGGAGCAAGACUUUGUUAGUCAGUGUUGGUAGACAAAGUCAGACCACCCAGGGCAGCCUGCAUGCAUUGAGUCUGUGUGGCUUCCCUGAAUUAUUAUUUUAAUUGAAACUAGAUUAUUUCAAUCUAGAAAAGCCUUGUUAAGCAGCCUCCUUGUCCAGAUAGAUCCAAAGUUCAUGUCUCUUCAUGCUAAGCCUGGUGCUGUCACCUCCACCCAGCCUUCUUUCACUUGGGUUUUUUAAUUCUUUGGAGGAGAAAAGAAUGGAGCCCACCAAUAUUAUAUUUUUCUUCUGAAAUAAACAUAAAGUCAGGACUAACUAGUUGUAGUCAUUCCCUUAAAAAGUUGGAAAACCAUUACAGAUUAAAAUUUCCUUAUAAAGCUCACCUCUGAGAGUAACCAAAUCAGUUUGAUCCCAAAUCAUAAAGCCUUUGGAGUGUGGAGCUUUCUGUGGUAUGGCAGAAAUGGGUGGAUGGCAAACUAAGAGCCCUCAGCCAUUUUUUCAGAUAAAGUUAGGUUGCCAGAACUUUCUUUUCCUUGCGCCCUGUGUCAUGACUAGCUUAAGUGUACCUGACUCCCAUAGACUGCUCCCAUGCCCACAGUCACCCAUUCCGGACUCCAGUGUCCUUAAAACUCUGGAGUGAGAAGAUGCCGGAGGAUCAAGAAAAGGAUCACAGUUUCUUUAAGAAGCUUGUUUGCCUUUGGAAAAUAAUAAACAUAGUCUAAACUAAAGGCUUUUUGGGGAUCACAGCAGCCACAGAGUGGAGUUUAAUUGCUUCUUCUUGAAUGGCCAAUUUGGAAAAGCAGAGAUGGACUUUCAACAAAGUAUCAGCCAAUACAUUUUUCACAUGCCAAACUCAUCACCAGUUGCCUUUUUCUAACUUGUGGACAUUUUGUUGGUGUUGGUGCAAGGGCAAUAGGAUGUGAAUUUGUAUAUAAUCUAAUGUCUUCAUUAUUAAUUGAAUAGUACCUGUUAACAUUUUAAGCGAUUUAAAUUUAUUUUGAAAUAUAUGCAUACAUAUGAAUGAAAGGUUGUUGCAGACCCUCAAAGCUGUUGCAGACUAUCCCAAGAGAAAGGAUCUGGCACAAAGGAAUCUGCCUUUCCUCUCUGUCAGGUCCCCCACCCUUGACUGGUUGGGAUUUGCUCAUCCAGCCUCUAGACACUUCCCCAAAGCAAGACGGGACACAUGCCAAGGGUGUUGUGGAUAAUGCCACAGCAUUGCCCACCCUGCUGCCCACCUCCUGUGAAGGAAAAACCAAUCAAUGUUUACAAAAUGGAAAAGGACACAGCAUGUCCUUUGAACUCCCUAAGUAAGGCCCACAGUGCUUGAUGUAGAGAACCAAAGUGAAUCACAGAAAAGCUUUUGCUGACAGUCCGCUUUCCAGGAGGCAAACUUGUGUUUAUUCUAACCUGAUCCCCAUGAUGGGGACUUUUCUAGAGCACCCCAAAUGUCAUGGGGUGGGAGGGACUCUUUCUCCUCCCUCAGAGCCACUGUUCACUUGUCUCUGCUUCUGGCACCAAGUUCACAAUAGAGAUCUGCUGGCCAGAGAAUCAGGGGAGAGGAGAGGCCUGAUGGGGCAGAGAGACGGAGGCUGUGGCGGACUCCUUCCAACUCACAAUUUAUCCUCAGCUCAGAGUGUAUUUUGAAUGUUGGCAAAUGUUUAUGUACGUAUGCGAUUUUAAGUUAAUAAAUCAUCUCUAUGGCUAUUUUCCCCA